AUGCAAAUAAUUACCAAAAACGCUGGUGGGGAGGCGGAUGACUACUACGACGUCCUCGAGGCUGGGUUUGCUGAAGGGGCCACGGACUCCGACCUGAUGAUGAUGUUCCAGCGCGAGCUCUCGGCGGGAACGUGGGAGGGGGAUCUCAACACGGACGAUUACUUCUCGAGCAGCUACUGCAUUACGCUGCGAUUGGUGGAGACGGUGUAUGGGGGACUGGAACAGGUAGCCUUCUUCGGGAAUCGCGGUACAUUCAGCUUCUCGAAGAGAGCGGCCCAGGUGCUAGGGACGGGACGACAGGUAGUUGUGGAUUUCCAGGUACCGGAACGGAACCUCUGGGAGUUUUAA